AUGGGCGCAGUAGUCUCAACAAGCGACAUAACCCCCGCCGAGCAAGCGCCGUACACGGGGCUCCCGCCCAUCGCAACCGUCGACUACGAGACCUCGCCCGAGAAGCGCGACCGCACGCUGAAGCACCUGCUGCGCGCGAACCACCAGAACUAUUCGGUGCUGUACUCGCAGUUGAGGUUCCAUAACCAUUUGCCGCAUGCGUUGGGAUCGGCAUACCUUUUGGGCGCGGGUGCGGAUACGCUGAAUGGCAUGUAUGAGGAGGAGAUUCGCCAUCUGGAGCCGUGGGUGGAUGCGCCGGGCGAGAUUAGUAGGCAUGACUGGAGGGACUUCUUGUCGAUGCGCGAGUACCAGAGAGCGUUCCUGGACUUCUUUGAGGACGAGCUGGUGAGGUUUGGGUAUGACUGGAAGGCGGUCGUCACGGAGUAUAUGCUCAAGGGGCCGGAGCCAAUGCUGUUUGGAGGCAUUGGGGGAUUGGGACAUCCAUUGAUCCAUCUUGGGUACGCCUUUGAACUCAACAGCAAAGACGUCGCUAUGGAAGCCCUCACUCUCGCCGCCACAAAUUACAACUUCCUACACACCUACAUCGACCGCGACUUCCCCACCACCGGUUUCGUCCCCACCCAAACUCCCGCCGCGCAAGAGCUCUGUUCAAAGGCCCACACCACCGACCCCCUCGCCGUCCUCGACUCCGUCCGCACCGACACCCGCUUCGACAACCUCUUCUCCUCCCCCGGCUCCGUCAACAUCGAGAAGCUCUUCGCCGAGCGCGAGUCCGCCGUCCUCGAGCACUACUACUCCCUCGACACCGCCGACCUCGCGCGCACGCACCGCGCAAUCACCCGCGCCGCCGUGCUCUUGCUCUGCGCAACCCACACCCCCGGCGAGACGAACUUCGACUUCUUCUACGUGCACCUGCUGACGGUGUCGCACGCCGUGCGCACGCUGCUGCCCGUGGUGCCCGUCAAGUAUGCGCUGCCGCUGGUGCGCUCGCACUGGCUGUUUGUGCUGAUUGUGUACAUCAUCCAGCUGCGGCCCGCGAUACACCCGGAGCUGGUGGGGGACGUGGACGUGGAGGGGCGCGGGUGGGAGAAGGUGGUGGGCCAUGUGUUGGAGAAGGAGAGUAGCAAGGAUGCGCACUACCUCAAGGCGGUGAGGGCGAUGAGGGAUGCAGCGGGGCUGUGGGAGGAGGAUGGCGAGUUUUAUUUGAAGGCGGCGGUGAAGCUGGCGUGGGAGUUUGUCAAGUGGGGAGGGUUUGAUAACGCGACUAAUUAG